AUGGUUGAAGCUGACCAGGCAUCAGAUGAGGAGAUGGACACAAGUGCAACUAGCUCCUUAGAGGCCGCUGCAUUAGCACGAAAGAAGCGCCUGUUGGAGUUAAAGUCUCGCUUACAUGGCAUCGAAAUGAAGGAAGAAGAUUACGAAGAAGAAAUGGAGAGGACGAAAAUGAACAAAGAAGGAGAAGCAAUUUUUAGGAAUUACAAGCCAGCAUCAGAAGUUGGAAAAGUGGUUCAUCCUAAACCAAAAUUUGACGUCGUGGAGGAAGUCAUUGCUGAACACUUGGAGGAUACAAAAAAAGUCGAGCCUGUAACAACAGUAGAUCUCUCAACUUUGGCACCAAAGAAAAUCGAUUGGGACUUGAAACGAGAUAUAGAGAAAAGAUUGCAGAAGCUGGAAAGAAGAACUCAGAAGUGUAUUGCUGAGAUGAUUCGAGAACGACUAGCAGAGGGCAAAGGAGAUCUGGCCAGUACCGUUAAUGCAGGAGUUCAAUGA